CUGUCCUUGGUUAAUCUGAAUCUGAAUUUUCCCCGCGAAUCUGCGAGAACAAUCGAACCACAUCCUUUUCCCGUUUCACAAGCUAAGGCCUUCUCUGCUCUCACUCUCACCUUCACUUACAGCUAAAAAAAGCACCCACGCCGCGAAAGAAAAGAAACCGAAACUACUCUCAAGCUAUUACCAAUACGCAUUCAGAGGAUUUCGUCUAUGGCGUCGACAUUUCCAGGCGUUCAGAUUCGUCUUCCAUCACUGUCGAAGAGUCGCAGCAGAAGAACUGUUUUUGCUCAACCUCAAUUCUCACCGAGCUUAAAUGUCAACCCUAGAGCUCUAAAAGCUUUGAAAUCAUCGAGAGGUUUGAAGACGACGGAUGUAUUCGUCUCAAGAAAAUUGGACGGGUUCAGGAGGAGUUCGCGUCCUUCCGUCGUUCGAUGCGAAGCUUCUAGGGAUGGAAGGAUUACUCAACAAGAAUUCACUGAGAUGGCUUGGCAAGCAAUAGUUUCUUCUCCAGAGGUGGCAAAAGAGAACAAGCAUCAAAUAGUAGAGACUGAACAUCUGAUGAAGACCCUGUUGGAGCAGAAAAAUGGGCUUGCUCGUCGAAUCUUCUCCAAGGUGGGAGUGGAUAACUCCCGCCUUUUAGAAGCUACUGAUAGGUUCAUUCAACGGCAACCAAAGGUUCUUGGUGAGUCGGCUGGAUCCAUGUUAGGACGGGACUUAGAAGCUCUGAUUCAGCGAUCCAGGGAGUACAAGAAAGAAUAUGGGGAUUCCUUUGUGUCAGUUGAACAUUUAGUCCUUGGUUUCGCACAAGAUAACCGUUUUGGGAAACAAUUAUACAAAGAUUUUCAAAUUUCUGUGAAGGCCUUAAAAUCUGCUAUACAGGCUAUAAGGGGACGCCAGUCGGUUAUUGAUCAAGAUCCUGAGGGGAAGUAUGAAUCACUAGAGAAGUAUGGGAAGGACUUAACAGCUAUGGCAAAGGCAGGAAAACUUGAUCCAGUUAUAGGAAGAGAUGAUGAAAUACGGAGAUGCAUACAGAUUCUAUCGAGGAGAACAAAGAAUAAUCCUGUACUAAUUGGUGAGCCAGGGGUUGGAAAAACUGCAAUUUCUGAAGGGUUAGCACAAAGAAUAGUGCAAGGUGAUGUGCCUCAAGCUUUGAUGAAUCGCAAGUUGAUUUCUCUUGACAUGGGUGCACUUAUUGCUGGAGCAAAGUUCCGGGGGGAAUUUGAGGAUAGAUUGAAGGCUGUGCUCAAGGAAGUAACUGAAUCUGAGGGACAGACAAUCCUUUUCAUUGAUGAGAUCCACACAGUUGUUGGGGCAGGUGCUACUAAUGGUGCCAUGGAUGCGGGUAAUCUUUUGAAGCCUAUGCUCGGUCGUGGAGAGUUGCGUUGUAUUGGUGCAACAACACUGGAUGAAUACCGUAAAUAUAUUGAGAAAGAUCCAGCCUUGGAGCGUCGCUUCCAGCAAGUUUAUGUUGAUCAACCCACUGUGGAAGAUACAAUCUCUAUACUACGGGGAUUGCGUGAAAGGUAUGAGUUGCACCAUGGGGUUCGAAUCUCUGAUAGUGCACUGGUGGAGGCAGCUAUUCUUUCAGAUCGAUACAUCAGUGGGCGCUUUUUGCCUGACAAAGCUAUUGACCUAGUUGAUGAGGCAGCUGCAAAACUGAAAAUGGAAAUAACUUCAAAACCAACUGCUCUCGAUGAGAUCAACCGUUCAGUGUUGAAGUUGGAGAUGGAGCGCCUUUCUCUCACUAAUGACACAGACAAGGCUUCAAAGGAUAGGUUGAGUCGCCUUGAGGCAGAACUCUCCCUCCUGAAGGAAAAGCAAGCAGAGCUUACUGAGCAAUGGGAACAUGAAAAAUCAGUCAUGACACGCAUUCAAUCUAUAAAGGAGGAGAUUGACCGGGUAAAUCUUGAGAUUCAACAGGCAGAGCGGGAAUAUGAUCUUAAUCGGGCUGCUGAACUGAAGUAUGGCAGUCUCAACACUUUGCAGCGCCAGCUUGAAACUGCAGAAAAAGAGUUGAAUGAAUACAUGAAUUCUGGGAAGUCAAUGCUAAGAGAAGAAGUGACAGGGAAUGACAUUGCUGAAAUAGUGAGCAAAUGGACUGGUAUCCCAGUAUCGAAGUUGCAACAAUCUGAGAGAGAGAAGUUAUUGCACUUAGAAGAAGAGCUACACAAACGUGUUGUGGGUCAAGACCCAGCAGUAAGAUCAGUGGCUGAGGCCAUCCAACGGUCUCGUGCAGGUCUCUCUGACCCUCACCGUCCAAUUGCUAGUUUCAUGUUUAUGGGUCCCACUGGUGUUGGCAAGACAGAACUAGCUAAGGCCCUUGCUUCCUACAUGUUCAACACUGAAGAAGCUCUUGUGCGGAUUGAUAUGAGUGAAUACAUGGAGAAGCAUGCCGUUUCAAGAUUGAUAGGGGCUCCACCUGGUUAUGUUGGGUAUGAGGAAGGUGGACAGCUGACAGAGACAGUUCGGAGGAGGCCAUAUGCUGUUAUUUUGUUUGAUGAGAUUGAAAAGGCUCAUUCUGAUGUUUUCAAUGUGUUUCUUCAAAUUCUUGAUGAUGGAAGGGUCACAGACUCACAGGGCCGCACUGUGAGCUUCACCAAUACUGUCAUCAUUAUGACUUCAAAUGUGGGGUCGCAGUACAUACUCAACACAGAUAAUGAGAACUUGUCAAACAGUUCAGCUUAUGAAACUAUUAAGCAGAAGGUAAUGGAUGCUGCAAGAGCGAUAUUUCGUCCUGAGUUCAUGAAUCGAGUUGACGAGUAUAUAGUUUUCCAGCCCUUGGACCGCGAUCAAAUAAACAGUAUAGUGAGAUUACAGUUGGAACGAGUGCAGAAGAGAAUUGGUGAUAGGAAGAUGAAAAUUCAGGUAACUGAUGCAGCAGUUCAGUUGUUAGGGAAUCUUGGGUAUGAUCCUAACUAUGGUGCCAGACCAGUCAAGCGAGUGAUCCAACAGAAUGUUGAAAAUGAGCUUGCCAAGGGUAUUUUGAGAGGAGAAUUCAAGGAUGAAGACACAAUCUUAAUAGAUACAGAGGUAACAGCAUUUUCAAAUGGCCAGCUUCCCCAACAAAAGCUAGUCUUCAGGAAACUAUCUUCUGAUUUAGACAUGCCAGAAGCAGAAGAUGAGAAAGCAUUUUCACAAACCGUCUGAUUGUGACUUCAAAGUGUUUCUUCUCUCACACUCGAGCGUUGUAUAAAGAAAGCACAAUUCCAGGCAUCCACUUGAUAAUAUUUUGUUCUCAUAGCACUUAAAAUCCUGAGAGUUCCUCUGUCCAGUCCAAAGUUGGAAAACGAAAAGAAAGAAAAUAGUUUCUACUUAUUCAUGGUAGGUAUCUUUUUUCAAUGAGUAACAUUUCAUGGAAUUUUAUCUAGGUAAGUUGAUGCUAUAGAAGUCGCAGUAGAGAUGGUAGUGUGCCUUGGCCUCGUAUGAUUAAUGGAACAAGCGCUGAGAGUUCAUCAAUGAAAAGUUGGGAAACUUGGUGAGAGUAUUUAUAUGUAUCACAUUGUAUUGUGCGCAUACAUGAAAUACUCGGUUUGGGGGUUUUGAA